AUGGCAAAUGCCCCGCGUGUGCGUCGCGUGCAGGCUGUCGAUCAAGGUCCUCUAGAAUGGUUAGUGCCCUUUAUACCACCGUUUCUUCGUGUGAAUUGCGAUACACGCGCUGAGAUUUGUCGCAAGGCGGCAAAUCUACUGUCGAAAGAAGCAAUAGAGAGCAUUGUGCUUGCUCUGAGACCUUAUUGGCGCUCGCUUGUAUGUUACUUAUUGUUGACACUCGUUUGGACUGGUCUACUUGUUUACAUUCACCAUAAUGAACCUGAGUUUGCGGUGGCAUACGUUAUUCUCUCCGGCUUCUCUGCGCUACGUUAUCACCUGCUGAAUGGAGUGGAAGGACGCGUGAUUGACGACAUGAGCGCGUACUCCGUUUUCAAUCGUGGGGCCGAAAGGAUGUUGGGCUCGUUGUCAGCAGAGCAGUUUGAGAAUGAGAUUCGUCAUCGACACGUAGGACACGAAGAUGCAUCACGACAAGUCUGGCUGGUAGCUCAAGAUCUUAUUGAUCGUGAUGAAGAUUAUGAUGAAGAUGACCCUGACUUGAUAGUGGCACUGAAAGUUUCAUUGCAAGAGAAGAAGCGCGAAGCUCGCCGAUCUCGCCGCACAACCUGUAGGAAAUGA